CGCCAAUGAGGGCAACAUUUGAGAGACAGAUACAGUACCAAACCGUCGUCCCGGAGACGUUGGAAGAUGGCGAGCAACAGCGGCUGUCUCUUUUGUCAAAUCGCUCGCUCUGCUACUGCAACGAAGCUUCUCCAUGACGAUGGGAAAGUGGUGGCAUUUGAAGACAUCAAUCCUUCUGCGCUUAGACACUAUUUGGUUAUCCCGGUGGAACAUAUUUCAACUGUGAAGGAUCUUCAAAGGAGAGCAGAGGAUUACCUUUUAGUUAGUCACAUGUUGGAAGUUGGCAAAGAGUUAUUGCAAAACAAUGCACCUGAAGCUGUAAAGCAUAGGUUUGGUUUCCAUCAUCCACCAUUCAAUAGUGUGGAUCAUCUUCAUCUCCACUGUUUAGCACUGCCUUAUACAUCAAGAUGGAGACAUCUCAAAUAUUUAUCGUGGAGACCCUAUGGCUUUGUAGAGGUGGAGAAGCUACUGGAGAAGAUAAAGCCAUCGACACCAAUACAAAUUUGAUGUUUUGGAGUCCUUAUUUCCUCAUGAAUCUUCGAUGCGAUAGCAGCAGCUGAAUAGCGUGAUGGAGCCGCUUUCGUACCCUUCAAAAUCAUAAGGAGUGGCCCUCAGUAUGGUCACAACCUGCUCCUAUGUUGAGGACCUGUCAUCUCUAAGAUGGAUGGCCCUCGUGGGACCAUGCACCAUGCCAUAUUAUUGUCCUUCACGUCAUUGCUUCAUCUUUGUUGGUCGAUGGACUCGAGUCUUCUUCUUUCACUGUGAAAACACUUUUGAGAUAUUUUUGUUGCAGUCACUCCACCAGUGAGUCCGCUUCCCCUUCAGUUAAAAUCUCUGCAAGUUGCUAGUUAAAUAUGAGUAGGGUGGUAGGCCGAAUACUCAUGUAAUAAUGCUGUACGUGAGUCCUACGCGAGGUGUGCAAUUGCCGUAUGCCUCAAGGCCAUAGACUGCAUUUUAUUGUGCAUUCAAGUGUGCUGCAUUUUAUUGGGCAUUCAAGUAUAUGCAGUAAUGACAUAAAUACGUGUUGUUGCUUGGGUAGCAUUCCUGGCUUAUUGGUGAGCUUUUCAUACAUGAUAGUAAUGGGGGGCUUCAUAUGUAUGAAACUUUGAUGGUUUCGGUAGAUUUGUGCAAGAUGUGCCCACAGAUGAAGAUUAAGAUAAGUAGCUUCUUUCUUCCCUUUGUAGAAAAUUUCAGUCCAUUGUUGUGAUUGGUCUCAACCGUUCAAUUUGAGGGCCGUUCAUCUUAAAGAUGGAUGGUGACGUGGUGUUGUGGGUCGCAAUGUCUGGAUCUGGCCUCCUAUGGAAUCGGAUCCGGUAAGGCAAGGUUUUGGUUUCAGCCGGGGUUGGCCCAGGAAUCUGGCAAUAUGGGCCUGUAGUGACAUGUUUGGUUAGUUGACCAUGCCCCAGCAGGGGUAGUAGCCAACAUGAUGCCUGGCCCGGCAAUUGGACGUGAUUUGUCCGGGUCGUGGUAAUUGGUUGAUCCUGGAUCUGACCCAAAUAGGCAGCUUUCUUUGAGGGGAGUCGGUGGAAGACGAAGGAAAGGAGAUGCACGUCAUGUUUGACUCUGAAUAGAGUCGCUUUGUCCUUUUCCCUUCCACCGUACAAAUUUUAAAAUCCGGAGAAAGAAGCUUUUUUCUAUUUCUUCAUUUUUUAAAUGUUUAUUUUAUUAAGGUGAAUGCAAUUCCGAUCAUAUCAUGCCAAAAGAGACGUACCCCUAUACUAUACGCCCUUGUGAGCAUUGAACUAUAUUGACUACAUUGAGCAUAACUAUUCAACUCUUGUCGGAAUCUUUGUUUAGUUUGUGAAAGUAGUUGAACGAUUUAAAUAUUGAUUUUUAAGCAUUUAUUUUUAUAAUAACUUUGUGAUUGAUGGAUAACAAGAUGUCAUAUAUAAAAUUCGUUCUUUGAAAAUUAAGUAUGAUUUGUUAUUCUUUUUUCUUGAGAAAUAGCUUUACAUAAUAUACUUGUGGAAUUUAUUAAAUGGUUCAUAACCUAACCUUUAUGUUUGUUCAAUUCACAUAUUUAGAUAUCUAGUUCUUAUAAAUGUAUAAAGUAAGUAAAUAAGCGGAGUUAGACAACGGCCAUGUGUUGGCUGGUGCCUCGUAAGCUUAUUUACUUUAACGGGCGAGCUAAAUCUACUUAAGUUCACACAGUUGUACUCUGUAUACGUGUGUGUCUGUGAACUUUGUUUUCUUUUUUUACUGAUUCAUUUGGGGUCUACCAACGCGUAAAUGAACCUUGGUGUUUGAAAUCUCUUUUGAUUUUGUAUGAAUGAUUUUACUGUUAGAAAUUGACAAGUUUCACU